AUGUCGCGGUGCUGCCGGCGCAAGUACAAGAGCGGCGACCUGGUGUUCGCCAAGCUGAAGGGCUACGCCCACUGGCCGGCCCGGGUCGAGCACCUGGCCGAGCCCAACCGCUACCAGGUGUUCUUCUUCGGGACCCACGAGACGGCCUUCCUGGGCCCCAAGCACCUGUUCCCGUACGAGGAGUCCAAGGAGAAGUUCGGCAAGCCCAACAAGAGGAGGGGCUUCAGCGAGGGGCUGUGGGAGAUCGAGAACAACCCCUCGGUCCGGGCCGCCCACUACCCGCAGGCCCCCCAGGAGCAGCGGGGGGCGGCCAGCGCGGGCGCCAGGGCCGGGCCGCGGGAGGAGCAGGCGCGGGCCAAGAGCAGCGCGGGGGAGCCGCCCGAGGGCGCCCCGAAACGUCCCCGGGAGGCCGAGCCGGAGCGGGAGCCGCAGCCGCGGCCGCAGGAGCGGGAGCGGGAGCGGGAGCAGGAGCGGGAGCAGGAGCCGGCGCGGGCGCCGCAGGAGGAGCAGGAGCCCCGGGGCGCCGCGGCCCAGCAGGCCCCCGAGGGCGCCGAGCAGCAGCAGCAGCGGCGGGCAGAGGCGGCGGCCGCCGAGGCGCAGGCCCCGGGCGGCGGCGGAGAGCGCGACAGCCCGUAG